GAUACUCUAACCUAAGUUUUUCAAACCCAAACAAAAAUUUGAUUACGUUACCAAAAUACGCUGCAUUCUGCGACUGUUUUUCUCAUUUAUGUUACUGAAUGAUUAAUUUCAUUAUUAUGUUAAAUUUUCACAUUUUAUUCAGUUAAUAGCUUGUUAAUAUACUAGAACUAUGUUUCUUGUGAAGUUGUUUUUACUAUUAUCCACAGCGACUGUGAUAUUUGCUGAAAAUAAAAGACCUACCAUUCUUAUAUCCAUAUUAGCAAGAAAUAAAGCUCAUACGCUGCCGUAUUUCUUAGGUUACCUAGAGAACUUGAAUUACCCAAAAGAUCGGUUAUCACUGUGGAUUCAGAGCGAUCAUAAUAAUGAUGAAACAAUUGAGAUAUUGGAAACUUGGAUUUCAUCUGUCGAAAACAGUUAUCACUUGAUAAAAAAAGAUUUUGUCGCAAGUCCUAACCGCUAUGAGGGGGAGAUAGGUUUUGCUCAUUGGACUGAGGAACGGUUUCAGCAUAUAAUUUCUUUGAGGGAAUCUGCACUACAGUAUGCUAGAAAUAUUUGGGCUGAUUAUUAUUUGACAUUAGAUUGCGAUGUGUUUUUGACCAAUCCUGAGACUUUGAAUUACCUUAUCUCGAAAGAAUUCAUAGUUGCCGCACCUAUGUUAAGAUCUGCGGAAUUAUAUUCAAACUUCUGGCAUGGUAUGACGAGCGAUUAUUACUAUUAUAGAACCGAAGAGUACAAACCCAUCCUAUACAGAGAAAACAAAGGUUGUUUUGAUGUUCCCAUGGUACAUUCUUGUGUCCUUAUCAAUUUGAAAAAAACAAAAUCGGACUAUUUAACCUAUGUACCAAGCAAAGUUCCUAGAUUUGAUGGGCCCACUGAUGAUAUAAUAGCGUUUGCAAUUAGUGCGAAUCGCAGUAAUAUACCUUUAAAAUUAUGUAAUGAAGAGAUUUUUGGUUUCAUUACAACUCCCAUAGAGAAGGAGGAUGAUGUUAAUGUUGAUAGAGAACAAGUAACUAAUAUAAAGUUAGAAAUACUAAUAUAUGAGGAAAAUCUAAUUGUGUCAGAAGUACUGAAAAAGUUUAUUAGAGAUCCUAAGAAGGAUUUAAUGGGAUUUGACAGAAUAUUCAUGAUAAAUUUGCUGAGGAGGCCUGAGAGGAGGAGAAGAAUGAUGAAGUGUUUCAAUGAGUUAGGGUUGGAUGUGACUAUUAUUGAUGCAGUUGAUGGAAGGGAACUGAAUGACACCACAUUGAAGAGCAUUUCAUUUAUGCCUGAUUUUAUAGAUCCUUAUCAUAAAAGACCAAUGACCUUAGGGGAAAUAGGAUGCUUUUUGAGUCAUUUCAAUAUUUGGAAAGAGAUUGUAGCUAACAAAUAUGAAAAGACAUUAGUGUUAGAGGAUGAUAUUAGAUUUGAGCCAUAUUUUCGAUUGAAAGUGAGGAAUCUCAUGAAUGAAAUAAAUGUUAGACCUGAUUGGGAUUUGAUCUACUUUGGGAGAAAACGUCUGCAAGAAAACGACGAACCUUGGGUGGAAGGUUCAUAUUUUCUAGUUCAAGCUGGAUACUCCUAUUGGACCCUAGGAUAUGCCCUGAGCUUGAGGGGAGCUAAAAAACUGCUGGAUGCAGACCCUUUGUCGCGAUUGGUACCAGUUGAUGAGUACCUUCCCAUUUUGUUCGAUAAGCACCCACAAACAAACUAUAAAAAAUAUUUUCCACAGAGAAAUCUUGUUGCAUUUUCUGUAGCUCCAUUGUUGCUGUAUCCAACCCACUACACUGGGGAAGAUGGCUAUAUAAGCGAUACAGAAGAUUCGAAAAUCAUCAAGAGGCCAGGGAGAGAGGAAUUAUAGAGUCGUUCUCAUUUUAAUUGGUACUUCUGAACGAAAACUAUACGCUUUACAAAUUUGAAUCUGAUUUUAACUUGAAAUUCUUUCUGGAUAAGAAUUUCUUAGUGUGCAAUUACUAUGUGAGUUUCACUGUACAAUUCUUUUUUAUAAUUCUGUACUCUGUAGGUAGAAUUCCUUUUGCAAUAUUUCUAGUUCGUUUUUUACAUCAAUGAGGAAGCUAUAUACCUAUUGAAUUAUUUUUUAAACUUCUUUACUCUUCGAAUCUUGUUAUAGUUGAUGCUACUAUUUCUUUAUGAAAUAUUUACGUACGUUCUUUACUGUCAGAAAGAAGCUAUAUUGAAUUAUUAUGUAAUAUUCUUUACCUUUUUAAUCUUGUUAUAGUUGAUACCACUAUUUUGAUUUUAGUGCCAUAUUUUUAAUAAUUUAUUCACUGCUUAAUUUGCGUGCCAUAACUGCCUGCCAUGUGUUUUUGAAAUAAUCAAGGUUAACACUUUGACUUGUGCCUUUACAAUUUUAUUACUGGAAAACUUUUUUAUCUUUACUACAUUACUACACUUGUAUUUUCUUAAUAAAUGAAAAUAAU